GGGAUUAGCAAAACAGUCCAGAGAUGCGGAUAUCUUUUGGCCACCGCUGAAUGCAGUCUCCGAUAACUCCUGUCAUCUGCUAUGUAUUGUUGCUGUUCCAUACGAGUUCUGAUAGUUAUCACAGUCUGCUGAGAAUUUUAACAUCCCUGGCUUUGACUGGAGCAGGAAAACCGACGCGACUCGGUUAGCUCGUUAGCUAGCGUGUCAGAAGGCUCGACGACAUAAUAGAUUGUCCUGCUGCUGAGAACGCAGUGUGCUCUUCUUGUCAGAUCAACCCAGGUGUCACCCAGUGUACUAUCACUAAUUUUCAGAGAGUAUCUUCGUUCCGCCGUAUCGUUCACUGUUGUCUUUGUUAUGUAAUCGACUGCUUUCACCGUGAAAUGUAGCAGCAUACAGCAGCUUGGCCAGUCUUCAGUGUCUCCGCAGCGUUAGCAGAGCACUGCUCUCACUGCGCUGGCUAAAAAUACCACUGUAAGGCCCCCCUGCUCGGUGCGCCUCCAAAAGUGCUGGACUUGUCCCUGUUGGACUUCUCUUUUCUGGUCACCUUGCUCGCAGUUUGCCACUCUACAUGGUCACUACAGUGAAUUUGAGACGACUGGAAGAGCGAGUCGGGCCCCGAGGUUGUGAGCCGAGCUGGUCUGAUCUAACGUUAAAUCGUACCAGCUGCUGGGCUUCAGUUUUCCAAGGGAACGGCACUCGGCUUUGGUUGUUCUGUAGCCGAGUAUCAUUUUGCCCCGAUGGCCUUUUCCUGUUAUAACUAGUAGUGUAGAAAGCCUUGGUGCGGCCCGGGGUACUUUAUAAAGGUCAGACAAGACACAAACGCUUCGUUUCCACUGUGUUCAGUCUGAGUUUGGGGAGGCAGACUUCAUCUGUCCGGAGCACAAAACCAUGUCGGAGGAUAACAACGCAGACAAAUUCAUCAAGGAGACAUCUAUUUUGGACGAGUACAACAUAAACUGGACACAGAAACUGGGAGCUGGCAUCAGUGGCCCUGUCAGAGUUUGUGUGAAGAAGUCAACUCAGGAACGCCUGGCCCUGAAGAUCCUUAUUGAUCGCCCCAAGGCCAGAAAUGAGGUGCGUCUCCAUAUGAUGUGUGCCAACCACCCAAACAUAGUGCAAAUCCUGGAAGUUUAUGCCAACAGUGUUCAAUUCCCACAUGAAUCCAGCCCAAGAGCGAGGCUCCUGAUUGUUAUGGAAAUGAUGGAGGGUGGCGAGCUGUUCCACAGAAUCAGUCAGCACAGGCACUUUACUGAAAAGAUGGCCAGUCAGGUCACCAAACAGAUCAGCCAAGCGUUGGAGCAUUGUCACUCUCUUAAUAUUGCACAUCGUGACCUGAAGCCAGAGAACCUUCUCUUCAAAGAUAACUCUCUGGAUGCACCUGUGAAGCUGUGUGACUUUGGCUUUGCCAAAAUCGACCAAGGAGACUUGAUGACCCCUCAGUUUACUCCUUACUACGUAGCACCUCAGGUACUUGAGGCUCAAAGAAGGCACCAGAAGGAAAAGUCUGGAAUUAUACCUACCUCACCCACUCCUUACACCUAUAACAAGAGCUGUGACUUGUGGUCUCUUGGUGUGAUUAUCUACGUAAUGCUGUGUGGCUACCCUCCGUUCUACUCCAAGCAUCACAGUCGCACCAUCCCAAAGGACAUGAGGAAGAAGAUUAUGACCGGCAGCUUUGACUUUCCGGAAGACGAGUGGAGCCAGAUUUCUGAGAUGGCCAAGGACAUUGUACGCAAGCUGCUGAAGGUGAAGCCAGAGGAGAGGCUGACAAUCGAGGGAGUCUUGGCUCAUCCUUGGCUUAACUGCACCGAGGCUCUUGACAACGUGUUGCCCUCGGCACAGAUGAUGAUGGAUAAGGCGGUAGUUGCAGGGAUUCAGCAGGCCCACGCAGAGCAGCUGGCCAACAUGAGAAUUCAGGAUCUGAAUGUCAGCCUGAAGCCCCUAAACUCUGUCAACAACCCAAUCCUCAGGAAGCGGAAACUUCUAGGCCCCAAGCCCAGUGACAGUUUCUUCAUUCACGACCCAGAAAACGGAGGGGAAGACUCCAACGUAGCACUGGAAAAAUUACGAGAUGUCAUUGCACAGUGUAUACUACCACAAGCUGGAGAGAACGAGGAUGAGAAGCUGAAUGAGGUGAUGUAUGAAGCCUGGAGGUUCAACAGAGACUGUAAGCUGCUGAGGGAUGGCCUGCAGGGGCUCAGUUGGGACGGACGAGCCUUCUCCGAUAAAGUCGACCGCUUGAAGUUGGCUGAAAUAGUGAAACAGGCCAUCGAAGAGAAGACAAAUCUCCAAGAAUCUCAUUAGCAGCUGCUGUCUUUCUAUCUUCUUUUUAUAUUGUUUGUUAUUACCCUUUUUAACUCAUAUCUGUAAAAAGGCUUUUUUAUGUAUAAUUUUUUUUUUUUUUGUAAAUUUACUUGCAAGACUUAUUGUCAAACUGUUGCAAGAGCUAUUGUACAGCUGUAGAUAUAUUUCAAAGAUGACUCAUUGGUACUAUAAUUUUUUUUUUUUUAUGGAUACUUGCAAAGAACGUGGGGAGAAAAAAAACAACUAUAUUUUCAUUUUUGCAAAAAAAAAAAAAAAAAGCAAGACAAAAAAAAUGAAAAUCUGUGAAAGAAAUUAUUUUCUGGGAGGAAAUUUUUAUUAGCUGUUUGUCCAGCUUAUUCAAGAUGUCAUGUGUUUUAUCCCAGUUAUUUCAUUUUAUUCUAUUUUAUGUUAUUUUAUUUUAACCUUGCUAAGGAAUGUAUUUAUUUAAACAAAAUUCCAUUAUUUUAUACCUUACUCGUAGGUUGGGGUCCGAAAGUUGAGAGAAGCGCUCUACAAUGUGAUUUUGUUCUUCCACACACCUUUAAAAUCUCACGCUAGAGAGAAAUGAUCUGAAGCUUUGGGUUUUCUGUCGUCUCGUGCGUCUUUCCCUCGACCUUUUUUGUUGUUUACAGGUUGGGGAGAAGCAGAAAUGCAGGUAAAAGAAAGCAUCAUAAAUCAGAAAAAUGGAGGCAGGUUUGCUCAUUUUUUUUCACAGUACCUCUCUUCCAACUAAAUUUGUUAGUUAUUAAAUCGUUUGAGCCAAAAAAUAAAAUCUGAAUACCUUUUUUAUGAGCUUUAGUUAAGACGUUCUCAGACUUUUUCGAAGCACCCCCCAAAUCCCCCCCCCUUUCAAAAAAAUAAAUAAAAAUAACAAUGUGUUUUUCUGAUUUCUGAUGGUUUUGAUGAGAGUCCACUGUUUUAUUUGAAGUUGUUUAUCUGUGAAACUGACACAAUCUCUGCUGCUUUCACGUCACAGUUGUAUCUGCUGGAAUUUAGACCUGCAUAGUUAAUAUUUGAACUCUUUCCUAGCAGGAGUGGUUGUUACUUGAUCUCAAAGAAACACACACACAAAAGAAAAACCCCGGUGUUUUUGGUCCAGUGUGGUCUUAGACCAGAGCAGAUCGGGGGGAAGGACUGGAUUUCAGUGUCAUAACUUGAUGUUCAACUGAAUGUGCAAUAGGGGCUCCAAAUGCAUGUACAUACUGAGACCGUAUGUAUCUAAUGUGUCAGUAUUACUGUUUAUCAGAGGCCUUCCAUGUUUCAUUUCACUUCAUUUCAGAGGUUUGAAUACCCAGAAAUGUUCCCACAUCCUCACCCUUAAGGUGUGAUUAAUGGCAUAUCAUUAGUUGAUUGGUCAGAGUGAAAUCUUCACUACACUGUUUGACUCUUGUGGUCUACUCAUAUCUAACAAUAAUAUCCUUUAAAAGAGGCGUUUGAAGAAAGGGUUCCUCUUAAGGUGUUUGAGGCCACACUGAGUCUGCUGAACAGCUGGAAAUGUUUAUUUUGUGUUUCAGAAAACCUCGUCUGUCCUGAGAUUCUCCUUUGAUGAAGUCUUUUACAGAACUUUUUCUGUGAACAUAAAUUUUUGUCAAGAUUACUGCAUUAACUAUGUGAUCUUCAUUAAAAAGAAGUGUUUCUUCUGAGUAAUUUGCAAACACUGGUGCAAUAUAUCAUCACUGUCCGGCGUAUCUCUGCUCUCUCUGACUUUUUUUUUUCCUUUUUUUGGGGGGGGGACAUGGUCAGAUUUUAAACUCAUUGCAUUAUCAUAAAAAAAAGCAUAGUUUCAGCCUAGAUGUCUGCUUUUCUUAAUAUUUAUUUCUUUGGAGGCAGGAGAUGGCAAUCAUGUUGAAAGCUGGUAUUUUUCACACUGUUUAAAACUGAUACAAACAAAAAAGUGCAAGUCUUCCUUUUUAUGUCUGUAUUUCUAAUUUAGGUGGCGUCGACAAUUAGGCGGGAUCAUUUUCACUUUCUUUCAGUUCCCCUUGAAGCUUAAUGAUAACCACAGCUUGUGUUUAAAAAGGUCUUAUUCAAGGCCUUAUUCAAGUUUCACACUCAAAUGUGCCUUGUUUGAAAGGGCGGCAUCUCCAUCCUUUACUUAGUUGGAAAUAAUUGACAGGAAUUAGGGGAAACUUCUGGCUGUAAUUUGCUGUUUUUUAUAUGAAAAUAUGAAGGUUAUGGAUUUGACAACACUGAAAUUAAAGUAGCACCAUAUUAGCAGAAAAAAAAGUGUCCUUUGGAAAAAGAUUUUUUUUUUUUUUUUUAACAACUGAAAGAUUAGAUUAGUUUGUAAAAUGCUCCACUUGGUAUGUUUACACAGCAACAGGUUCUGCCCACAGAUGCCUCUAAAAGUAAAAAAAUAGGUCUGGAAUCUGAUGUGGUUUUGAAAAAAAAAAAAGUUUAAAAACCUAGUUUCCCCUUCACACAGGGUGCUUUAUGUGUUGUAGAGUCUACAGUGUAGACAAUGUAGACCAUUUAUGUAACCAAUAGGCUCAACUGGUCGCCUGUAACGGCCUGAACCGCAGUCUGACAGAAACGUCACGGAAAAUGGGGAAAUGUGGUUUUUGCAUUUUCAGAACAAGGGUGUCAGACUCAUCUUUGCUCAUAAGUGACUUACAGCUCAAGUGGGCCGCCUGCAUCGCUGAAGCUUCUGACUAAUUGUUCCCCUUUCUUUUUGUGAAGAGCAGUUUCAGUACAUUCAGGUUAUUGCUAAUGAUCUAUUUAUAAAACUGAUGAUGGUCAAACUGAAACAUCUUUAAGAAAAACGGUUGUUUUUCCACAUGCAGACUAAUGAUGAUUCAGAUGGACAAUAACACUUUCAUCAUUGUUUAUUCAGAACGACUUGCUUACCAGUGCAAAAGAAAAUGAAAACCUAAAAUUAAUGUCUUCUUUGCAAAUUUCACACUUGGAAAAGUCACGCAACGAGCCUGACUGGAUCCUUUGGCAGGCUGGUUCUGGCCUGUGGACCAUAAGUUUGACACCCUUGCUUUAAAAAGAGAGACGAAAAGUGUGUUUUAGUAAGUCUUACAAGUACUGCUACUUUAAAUCCUGCAGAAUUACUAGAGCUUCUUGAAAAGAGUGGACAUGAUUUGGGUUUUUUUAUUUGACUGUGUGAACCUGUGUAAUUAAUUUAUAAAUAUAUACAUAUAUGUAUGCCUCUGUGUGUGGUUCACUAUGAAGAACCUUAUUUGUAUCUCUGGAGGUCAAUCAGAGCUUCUUUAAUGACUUCCACAGAUAAUGUGGAAUCCACAGAUAGCAUCAUUUGUAUCUUUUGCUACCUGACAGUGAGCCGUGUAUUUAUUACCAGUUUUUUACUGUGAAGUCAAGGCAUGCAUCUUUAUAUUGAUAGUCCUAGGAGUGAAACGCAGUCCUGCUGAGACACCAUUUACAUGCUGUUUGCUGCUCGGUGUUACUAAACAUCCUGCUGGGUAGAUUUUUUCGAAGAGACUACAUUCUUUUACCACUCAGCUGCAGAAAUAUUUUAUUAAAUAUUAGGUAAAAUCUAGUUUUCACCUUCUCUUCCUUGUCUGCUGAAUGAAGAUAAAUUAGUUUCAUAAUUUUAUAUAAGGAAAAGGACAACAUUUCUUUAAAAAAGCAAAAAAGUUGUCCCAGCAAAGAAUAAUCAAGUCCUAAAAGAAUACAAAAAAGAACCAACUCAUUCAAAUAAAAAGAAGAAUUUUCUUUUUCAGCUCUUGAUUAAAUAAAAGCAGCUGCUUCCCUUUCUUCUGCUGUAUAGGAAACAUGUUCAGUAACUGUUUGGUUUAUUUAUUUAUUUUUGGAUUUGGCAUUGAAUGGAUGUAGAAAAACAAAGUUCUUACUAUGUCAGUAUAUCAGGAGGAAACUGAGGAAGAACAAGAUGUCCUGGUUCUGCUCUACCUGUCCUCUUAGUUUCUCUGGUCCUGCAGUCAUGUAGCAUGAAUCCCUCAUCAAAGACUUGCUGUAUUUUUGGGUUCUUGUAUUUUUUGCCUUUGUGGAAUGUCAUCAACAUGCCGACUUUGUAAUAAAGGAAAUCUUUAACUUUUA